AUGCAGAAUAUGUCCAAAAAGGGCACACUACCUGGGACGGUUAAACGCAAGCGUGAAGACAAGGAACGUGCCAGAGAAGAAAAAGAACUGCGUCGGUUGCAGGAGGCGGCUAUGGCUAAGGAGCGGAACAAGGGCGGUGCAAGUUCAAAUGCUGGAGUUGCGCCUGAUAUCGUUUCAGCUUUGGUGGUGGAGAAAAGUGCUGCAAGUGAAUCGGGGGGUUGGAAUACCUUGCCAAAAGCGUCAACAGACAAUGGCAAUGAAUCCGCCUCGUCACUACCUGGCAACGGAGAUGCCGCCCAAAAACAGACGGGGGGAUGGGCACCGAUAUCAGAGACUACCUCGGGCAGCGGCUGGACAAACGCUGAGGACUCUCCACAAAACGGAAAGGCAACCGGUGGCUGGUCAUCUAUCGACGAGACUUGCCAGUCACAAGCGGAAACGUCGGCAAAGAAUACGCCCGCUGCACCAAGCGAACCCCCCUCGGCGCCGUCGGCACCCAAACUAGCUUUUGGAUUUGGAUCCAAAAAACCGGGCAGUACUGGUUUGAAAUUCUCUUUCGCGAAAAAGGGGUAG